AUGCAGUUAACGUGGAACAAUAUUUCGCCGGUGGCCAAUGCCAACGACUUGUUGGACAUUGUCCUUAAUCGGACACAAAGAAAGACCCCGACUGUGAUUCGUCCUGGGUUUGCUAUCACUCGGAUCAGAUCGUUCUAUAUGAGAAAGGUUCGGUUCACUGCCGAAGGAUUUGUGGAAAAGUUUGAUGAUAUUUUGAAUGGUUUUCCCAACAUUAACGAUGUGCAUCCGUUUCAUCGGGAUUUAAUGGACACUUUGUAUGAAAAGAACCAUUACAAGAUCUCCUUGGCCGCUGUUCUGCGUGCCAAAACUUUGAUCGAGCAGGUCGCUAGAGACUACGUUAGAUUACUCAAGUUUGGUCAGUCGCUCUAUCAAUGCAAGCAGUUGAAGCGGGCUGCCUUGGGUCGGAUGGCUACCAUUGCCAAAAAGCUUAAGGAUCCCCUCCAAUAUUUGGAACAAGUUAGACAGCAUUUGAGCAGAAUGCCGUCCAUUGAUCCCAAUACUCGUACCCUUUUGAUUUGUGGGUACCCUAACGUGGGUAAGUCAAGUUUCUUGCGGUGCAUCACCAAAGCCGAUGUCGAGGUUCAACCGUACGCUUUCACCACGAAGUCCUUAUACGUGGGUCACUUCGACUACAAGUACUUACGGUUCCAAGCCAUUGACACACCUGGUAUCUUGGACCGCCCAACUGAGGAAAUGAACAACAUCGAAAUGCAGCUGAUUUAUGCCAUUGCUCACUUGAGACUGUGUGUCUUAUAUUUCAUGGAUUUAUCGGAACAAUGUGGCUUUUCUAUCGAACAACAAGUGAAGUUGUUUCACUCCAUCAAACCCUUGUUUGCUAACAAAUCUGUCAUGGUUGUUAUGAAUAAACUGGAUAUUAUCCGCGUCGACGAUUUGCAUCCCGAUCAACAAGAUUUGCUUAAGCUGAUUGCCCAAACCCCUGGUGUUGAAAUUAUGCAUACCUCUUGCCAAGAAGAGGAUAACGUGAUGCAGGUCCGUAACCAAGCUUGUGAGAAGUUAUUGACUGCGAGAAUUGAACAAAAACUUAAGGGCGAAGCUCGCGUUAAUAACGUUUUGAACAAGAUUCAUGUCGCUCGUCCUCAGGCCAGAGAUGAUGUUGAUCGCAGUGCUCACAUUCCUGAAGCUGUUGCUCAUUUGAAGAAGUACGACCCUAAUGAUCCCGAACGUCGCGUAUUAGCUAGAGACAUUGAAGCUGCUAACGGUGGGGCCGGUGUCUACAACAUCAACUUGAAAGACAAGUAUAUUUUGGACGAUGAUGAUUGGAAGAACGACGUCAUGCCAGAAAUAAUGGACGGUAAGAACGUGUACGACUAUUUGGACCCGGACAUCGCCGCUAAAUUGGCUGCGCUUGAAGAAGAGGAAGAACGUUUGGAACAAGAAGGUUUCUAUGACUCUGAUUCUGAAAUUGAAGACGACGACGCUGAGGAAAUUCGUGAAAAGGCUUUGUGGAUCCGUAACAAGCAAAAGAUGAUGAUCAAUGAAGGUCGUCAAAAGAAGCAUCUUAAGAACCGCUCCAUCAUGCCCCGUGAUCAAAUCAAGAGACUGUUCAACGAGAUGGAAGAGUCCAUGUACAAUGCUGGCUUCGAUACACUGAAUUUGAAGCGUGGCAAUAAGGGCGAAAAGGAGCUCACCGGUGUUGACAUUUUGCGCAAAAACCAAGGUAUUCGUCUGGCCAAGUUGAAGAAGAAGCAAGCGCCUUUGAACCAACCCGAUCGAUUGACAGAUGGUGUCAACGAUGGUGCUAUGAGAUCGCAUGCUGAGAGAUUGAAUAAGUUGCAUCGCAGAGAACGCAACCGGAUGGCUAGACAAGGUGAAGGUGAUAGACAUACCACUGCUGCCAUGCCUAAACACUUGUUCACUGGUAAGCGAGGUAUUGGAUCCGCCGACAGACGUUGA